UUCAACUCAUCACUAAUAUUGUUCACUUCACAGUCGUGACCAGAAGAACGAGCCGAGCUAACGUAUCGGAAACGUUAUAAUACCAGUGCAGUCAAAGAGGCCAACGGCUGUCGACCAAGGAAAAGCGAAAAUACCAGUAUAGUUAUAUUGAUACCCGUUUGUCAACUAUAAAAGUAAUAUUGUCAGUUGAUGUAAAGCUAGCUGGUGUAGAUCGCCGUACACUACAGCUAAUUGCUAUAUGCUAGUUAGCAUCACGUAGCUAGCCUUUGCUCUAUCUUCGACAACCGGUUCCUACGCACUAGCAGAAUGGCCUUAAAACGAAUUCACAAGGCCUGAAGACAAAGACUUUUCUCUAGACUGGACAUCCUGAUGGGCUGACCCCAGGUGGUGAAGGAGCUGAACGACCUGGGCAGGGACCCUCCUGCACAGUGUUCCGCUGGCCCGGUUGGAGACGACAUGUUUCAUUGGCAAGCUACAAUUAUGGGGCCUAAUGACAGCCCAUACCAAGGUGGUGUUUUUUUCCUGACUAUUCAUUUCCCCACAGACUACCCCUUCAAACCACCUAAGCUUGCGUUCACCACAAGAAUUUACCACCCAAAUAUUAACAGUAAUGGCAGCAUCUGCCUGGAUAUUUUGAGAUCACAGUGGUCUCCAGCAUUAACUAUCUCUAAAGUACUUUUGUCCAUUUGUUCACUCUUAUGUGACCCCAACCCUGACGACCCGUUAGUGCCAGAGAUCGCCCGUAUCUACAAAACAGAUACAGAAAAGUACAACAGAAUAGCCCGGGAAUGGACUCAGAAGUACGCCAUGUGAUAAUCGGUCAUGGUCGUAUCAACUUGCAUUAUAGCUGGGAAAAAACUAUAAAUUCGCUUUUUUUUUUUUUUUGCCCAUUCGGCCGCAACCCCUUACCAUCAGCAAAUAACAGUAAUUGAUUUUGUUUUGCCCCCUAAAUGUAUUCACAUCCUCUUAACAAGGACAAAUGUCUCCAAUACCCCUUUUUUUCUUUACAAAAGAUGCCAAUUGCUCUGAACUCUCAGUGAAGCAUGUGUCUGUAUAAAGCCAACCACAGCCACUUUGUGAAGAGCUCGAUUGCUCUGAAUUCACGCAGGAGGUGCCAACUAAAAAUAAAGAUUCUCAAUGCCACCAUUUCUGUAUUGAGGAGAUCAACAUGGUUCAAUCACACUUUUGUACGCUUUUCCAAUAGCAUUAGAGAACUGAUGUCUGUGAAUAUUAUACACUUAAUCUUAAAGUUGAGAUUCACACAUUUGGAAUGUUUUAUCGUUUUUGUUCUAUCGAUUCCCAGGUCAUUCCAUGUGUAUCUGAGCUACUGUUCAAGCAGGCAGAAAUGCAACCGGUGCAAAACUUGUCAUGCCGGCCUGCUUGAACGGCGAUAACUCAUAUACACAUGGAAUGACGCAGGAAUCAAUAGAACAUCAGAUGCACAAAAACUAACAUUCAAAAUGGGUGAAUCUUAACUUUAACUGUUUUGAAUGGAGAAUUGCUGAAGAUAUAUGCAGUAAAUAAGAAAAAUAUUUUAUGCAUGUUAAUAAGAAAUUGGUUUAUGUGCUGCUGAGAAUGGAUUGAGAGCAAACGUGUUCACUUUGAUAUUUUGUUACUUUUUGUUUUUAGAACGUGGAGCCAUUAGUUAAUCAUCAUCCAUAACACUGUUCUCUUUUGCACUGAAUACGUUAUUCAAAGUUCUCAAUGGCUGAUCAACUAAUAGCUCUGCUAUUUAAUGGUUACUUUUUUUUUCUCAAUAAAGUUGAACAAAUAA